AUGAAGAAGGGAUUCCCUUCCAGCUGGGCCGGCAAUCUAGACCCUAUACGUGGACAGGAUAAUGCUCUUGGGAUGCAGAGACCGAGUGGGGAAUAUGUUAAGAAAAAAUAUCGAGAGGGUAUCGGGGAGAAGAUAGCGCCGGAUGCGUCUGGGAACCAGAAGAAGAAAAAGCUCAACGACGAGGAGAAGAGAGAGUGCUAG